UAAAUGUCAGCUGGUUAUUGUCAGUGUCUCACCAGAGAACAAUUUUUCCACACAGAGAAAAUCUGAGAAAAAGGAGUUUUUUGAGUCAUAAUUGAAUUAGAGGGCGAAAUCUUCCCUCGCCAAAUGUGAUAGACAUAGUGAGUAAGCGCGUGUAGUUGGAGAUAAUGCGUUUUCCCUAGUUUUUCCGUGCAAUUUCGUGUGUACAUAAGCAGAGAGAGAGAAAGAGAAGCAGGAUGUCGCAGAGUCCCCCGAACUAUAUUGACGGGGUUCCCGUGAAGAUUUCCGAGAACUACCGGCCCCCGCCCAUCAUUCACUUGCCACAGCCAACGCGGCAUCGCCUAGAGCGACGGGAGCAGCCGACCGUGACGAGGGAGUACGAGUUCACCCUGGAAUUGAGUGUUCUGGCCAAGAUUGCGGAGUGGCGAACAGCUCGCGACCGGGAGGACACGGUGCGGCGCGAGAGGAUGCUGACGCGCGAGCAGGAGCGCCGCAGGAUGCUGGAGGAGAGACAGAAGGCUCUGCUGACGCAGGUGUCUUACCCAAGUGCCGAGGACUUGUCCUCGGAGGAUGAGCUGCCCGGGGAGACGACCCAGGUGGUCACAGAGAGGCAUUCCACGCCCCAGGGCCACUUCAGUCCACCCACGAACUUCGACACAAUCCUCAUGCCCACAGUGCUGCCGGAGUCCACUUGCCAGGGGACAAAGCGCGCCCCAAAGUCCCCGUACAGCGCCAAGAUCAACUACAGUGACUUCGAGAGCGACACUUCCAGUCCCUUCGACAACCUCGAGCUCAAGACAAUCAACGAUCUGGACAUCCUGGCGCAAGUGCUCAAGGGCACAGUCAGUCUUGAGGACACCACCAAUGAGAGCACGGAAGCGCCGCAGAAUCGCGUGGCGCUGGAAAAUGUGCAGAACUCUAACGACAGCUUCGCUCAAACCCUCGCCCAGGUGUCCUACGACAUGGACAACAUCUCCACGCAAGUGUACGCCACUCCGGCUGUCCAGCAGCCACAGUAUCUCAACUACCAGACGGACAACUACGUGUAUCCCGCGUAUGGGGCGCUCAUGAACGGGGGCUACUACUACAGCAGCUACGGGAACCCCAACGCUUUCACAGCCUAUCCGCAGCCGCCGCCGCAGCCCGCAGAGAGCGCCCCCGAUCGCCUCAAGUCCAAGAGCGUGCCCGACAUCGCCCAGGAGCUGAGCAGCGAAGUGCAGAGGCACUCGGAGAAGCGGCGCAUCAGGAACAACAGUCAGACUAUAGAGAGUCCAUGUGAAGACGAGCCGAAGAACACGAGGAAGAGCCACAAGAGUGAAACCUUCACGCAAUUAUCCAAGUCGUCGCAGAAACUGGCUGCGACUAUCAGCACAAUGGGAUUUCCCCUAGACAGGGUCUCGCGAGUGACUCAGGCGCUGGGGAAUGACGACAAGAAGAUUGUCGAUCAUCUGAUACCACUAAGUGAACUUCUGGAUUUGGGAUUCGAGGAGGCGAAAAUCUCUGAGGCACUCCUAAAGUUUGAUAAUAACAAGGAACGCGCACUGGAUUUCCUUAUCUCAUAGUGUGAAAUCCGGGCU